GGAAAGGUGUGCGAAUGGGGUCUUGCGCUGGCGGAAGUCGUCUAUUCGCAGUCCCGCAAGGCUUGUGCUUCUACAGUUUAUGACCACACUCCAAGGCAGGAGGCGUCGUGAAUUUCAGCGACAUCGGCGGCCCAGACAACGAGCAGUUGUGGCAGUUGAUCGACAAUUAUCGGGCCUACUACCCCGAAUUUCCCGAAGGCCUUAGGCGAUUUAUCAAUUCGCUGUGGCGCGAAGAUCCGCUCCAGCGUCCAUCGUUCGGGAAGCUGGAGAGGGCCAUGGGCGGCGACCGCGACGUCCUGGAGCAGUUCCCGGGUCUUGAGUGGCUGGCCGAGCCCGUAAACGACGAGCUCGAGUUCAUCGACGAGCUGCGUCGCAGCCGCCCCAACCUGGUGUUCAGGGGCGCCUCCGGGAACGCCACCGAGCCCGCCGGGGCGGCGAGCGCGGGCGCGCCUGGGGCCGCCGCCGCCGCCGCGGAGCCGGGUGGCGAACCGCGCCUGGAGCCAGCCGCCGGGGAGGGCGCCGGGACGGAGGGCGCGGCCAGCGCGGCCUGCGGCGCAGCCGCGCCGGGUGCCCGGAGGUGGUGACGUGCCCGCCGGCGCCGCGCAUGCGCACCCCGCGCGCGCGGCCCGAAAAGAGGCCCCGCCGCGGGCCCAGGGCGAGGGCCCCCUCCCGCUGCUUGCGCCCCGCCGCCCCCCCCUGCUCUGC